AUGACAUUCUCCAUGCCCAUCGAUCAUUCUGCAAAUGACAGCCAAGAGGCCAAAAAACAAGAGUCUUGUGGCCUCGAACCCACACGUAGCAUUGCCGAAGCCGAAGUCCACACUUCGCUAGACGACACUCGAAAUGGAGAAUUUCACCGUUCAUUCUCGCCUCGCAAAGUCCAUGCAAGUAUAAUUUCCCUCGGGUCCAAUAUCGGUAGCGGCGUCUUCAUCGCGACGGGCAAGGCGCUGGCCCAGGGUGGGCCGGCAAAUAUGGUCAUUGCAUACUUCAUGGUCUGCAGUUGUGUAUGGGCAGUUUUGCAGUCCCUUUCCGAAAUGACAAUUGCGUUUCCAGUCUCCGGUAGCUAUGUCGACUACGUUGAUCGCUGGGUCGACCCAGCCGUAGCUUUUGGAGCAGGCUUUGCCGAAUGGAUAGCAUGGACUGCCAUUGUGGCAUCAGAGGCUCAAUUCUUCAACAUAUUGUUGCAAUACUGGACUGCGGACAAUUUCCCCCCUACUGCCACCUGCAAGUUCUCUUUCUCUUCAUUCACUAUAUUCCUUGCGAUAAUUAUCAUCAUCUUUGUGCUUCCAAAUCGAGCAUUUGCAUGGUUCGAGUACGUGACCUCUAUUAUCAAGAUUUUCCUGUUUCUCAUCAUCAUUGCCCUGUCGCUGGCACUUGUGCUGGGUGCUGGACCACAAGGGCGCGUUCACCAUGGAGAAACGUGGACAGAGCUACCUGCUUUUCUGAAUGGCUUUUCAAUGAGUCAAAUCCCUUUGGGCUUCGCCAGUUGUGCUUUACUCGCGACAUGGGCGGUCGGCGACCAGGUCUUUAUUGGAGUCAUGGCUGGGGAGACGCAGAGCCCGCGGUUCUCCAUGGCGCACGCGACCAAGCUCGUGCCCUUUCGCGUCAACAUUGUCUACAUGGUCUCGGUCGUUUUCAUCACCAUCCUAGUACCGUCCAAUGACGAUCGGUUAUUGAGCGGCAGCGGUGUCGCGGCAUCGCCCUUUGUGGCCGCCGUGCAAGAUGCAGCCAUUCCCGGCAUCGCGUCGCUGCUCAACGCCGGCAUGAUGUGCGGAGUCCUCGGUAUCGCAGCGGAAGCGGUCUAUCUCUCCUCUCGGGUCUUGCGAACCAUGGCGCACCAGAAAUUGAUUCCCGAGCGUCUGGCCAGAGUUGAUGCACAGGGAAGGCCACGCUUGGCUUUGCUCAUCACCACUAUAGUCGCUGUGAUCCUUACCUAUGUCCAAGUCACAUCUGGUGGUGCAAACGUUUUGAACUGGUUGCUUUCCAUCACUAGUGCAUCCUUUUUCACGAAUUGGAUGAUUAUUUCUUUUACCAAUUGGCGUUUUCACUGCGCCUUGAAGUCUCAGAGCGACGCCUUGUUUACCGAAAUUUACGCAUGGAAGUCAACGCUGUGGCCGCUCGCACCGUCUUGGCUAAUGGUCAUCUCCGUCUUUCUUCUCGUAUGCUGCAUUUUUUGUGGCGUUGUACCGCCUGGAAGCACUGGAUUCUCUACUUCCAAUUUCUUUCAGUACACUAUUGGGUUCUGGCUUAUCAUAGUAUUUACUGUUGGAUACAAGCUCAUCUUUGGCACUCCUUGGCGGGAUCCGAAGACUGCAGAUUGCAUCACUGGUCGACGAACGCUUGGUACAGAGGAGAUUACUCAAUUAGACGAAUACUAUAAAAUGUCUGCGUGGAGGCGGGGCUUCACCUAUGUUCAGCUUUGGUAG